AUGUCGCAGUCUACCGAAACUACCAGCAAUAGCUUCGUUAUGUCUCCACGCAUUGCGGAAUCCCAUUCGAGUAAUAUCAGCGGCGAAAGAUCAACUAUCUCGGCACGUGAGCAGGCGGCUAUAGAGCGUUGGACUUUCAAUAGGGCUCGGACCGACAAAGAGCAUGCUCUCUUUCGGGAGAAAAUGCAAUUCCAGUCUGCGGACUUUCACCAAUUCCUUUUGGACACGGCCAAGUCCUCCCCAGCAAUUGCGGUACCUUCUCCAGCAUGGGAGAAUAUCCCGUUCCCUGUUCCAAUGAGAACCCCAAUCAUUACUGAAGAGCCAGAUAAUCAGCAUGUUGCGAUGCACGCCAGCUUCGACGAGAUUCAAGAAGUUCCUCGCCGUAGAGCCACCCCCAUGGAUUUUGGCAACCAACUUCAACAACCCACUAAAGUUCUUGAAGUUCCAAGCUUCACUUUUGACCGCGCUUCUUUCGAUGGCGGUCUUGGAGGACUAGAAAUCCACCAUGUUGCCCAAAGUGAGCAUGGUGCGCAACCAACUGACCGGGAUACGAUGAUCAAAGUUGGUGCGGUUUUCGAGAUUCUUCCUUGCUCGGAGGUUACCCAAGCAGCUACACCAGUCUAUGAACAGAACUCUAGUACUGCUGCCCCAAGAAAGACAAAGAAUGGAAAGUUGCGUAUCCUUGUUGCAAACAAGGCUUCGAAGGCAAAGCACGCAGCCGAAAAAAUGGGUGGGGUUUGGAGUCAUGUUGGAUCCUUUUCCAGAGCUUCUAACGCAGCUACUGGUCCUUUGUUUGUCCGUUCUGAAACUGAAAUGGCAACUUUGGCAAGCAGCACUGGUCGAAAGCAGGAAGAUAAUCUAGAGUCGCAAGUCAAUCAAGAGACCUUGGAUCAAAACAGAAAGGAAGCUAGAAACUGCGUCUUGAUGCCUUUCAAUUGGAUCGUUCGUCAAUUUGCCAAUCUCCUUUAG